AUGGCUCAAUCGUCCAAAAGAGGAUCUGUUCAAUCAGGUUUCUCUGAAUUUUCAUUUGAACAUAAUGAUGAUGCACUACGGAUUUCUACACCAAGAUCAGAACGUCCUCAAUCACCAACUCCAACUACUUCACCAUUAAAAUUUGAUGGGCUUAUAAAAGAGAAUAAAGAUUUAAAACUGAAAGUAUUGGAACAACAACAAUUAAUUGAAAAUUUAAGACGCGAGAUCCAAGAAUUACGUGGUAGUACAAAUAAGGGGAAUAAUAUAAAUAUUAUUGAAGAACAAAAACCUAUUUCAUUAUCAUCAUCCUUGUCAGCAUCUCCAAUUGAUAAAAAUCAAGAUAAUUCUUCAAAUAUUAUUGCUCAACAUAUUCUGGUUAGUAAUCAAAGUCUUUCAAGUUUAGCACCACCACCAAGAUCUGCAAAUAGAUUAAAGACAAGUCCAUUAAGAGAUGAUUUGGAAUCACAACGUACACCUAUAAUAACAGAACCAGAACCAGAGAAGGAUGAGAAAACCACUUUAGACGAAGAGGAUGAAAAUGAUGAUACAACACAAAGGGAAGAAACUGGAGAUAAUACAUUAACAAAUAUUGAUGAAGAUCUUCUACAAACACCAGAUAAUACAAAUGUUGAAGAUGAUUCAAGUAGAAGAAGUUCAGCAUAUUCAGCACCACCAGAUACAAAAUUAGAAUCACCUGAAAAAACAGCAUUGGCACCAAAUUCAUAUAGUUCACCAUAUAAAGGUAGAAUUUCAAGUUCAUCUUCACCAUUAAGAAAUCCUCCAACAUCAGCAUCUAAUAAUCCAUCAAAUUCACCAUCACCAUCCCCGAUUUCUCCAGAAACUACUCAAUUAUCACAACCAUUAUCUGUAGUGACAACAACAACAACAGAUGAUAAAUCAAUCCAUAAUAAAUUAAAUUUUAAUGAAUCAAGAUCUACAUUUCAAGGAAGUCCAUUACCACCUAAAAAUUUUUCUUCAUCAGAUUCACCAUUUAUGACACCUGAAUUAAGUAUACCACCAUCACCAUUAGAAGGAAGAUUUACACCAGCUGAAAGUAUAAAAUCUAAUUUAUAUGAUCCUUAUGAAGGAGAUUUCCAACAUCAACAAAUUCAUCAAAAUCAUAAUGGAUUUGGAGGUGUUUAUAAUGGAGAAAAUGAAAAUCAUGAAUUGAAUCAAUUAGAUUCCACACAUAAAAGAUUCCCAUCAGAUGUUCCAUUAUUUGUUAAUCCAACAGAAUUAUCUACUGUCAAGACAGAAAUAAUUACAACAAUAUGUGGUAAUUUUUCCAAAAAAUCAGAUGAUCCAAUUGUUAUUAUUGCAGUUUGUGAUCGUCAAACCGGGGUUGAAAUGUGGAGAUUUAAAAAAUCAUUAUCAUCAAUUGUAUUAUUAGAUACUCAAAUUAGACCAUUAAUUAAUACAUUUUCAUUACCACCAGUCCCUGAAAAAUCAUUAUUUUUAUCAAAUAUACCUGUUAAAGUUGAUAUUAGAAGAUUAAGAUUAAGAGAUUAUUUUUCAACAUUAUUUACAAUACCUCAUAUUCCAUUAGAUGCAGCUUAUAAAAUUUCUAGGUUUAUGUCACAAGAUGUUGUUAAUUUAUUAGAUGAAUCAAAUACAGAAGCUUUAAAAGAUGGGUUUUUGUUACGUCGUUCAAAAGGAUUGGGAAAUAAUUGGAAGGCAAGAUUUUGUGAAGUUGAUGGACCAUUUUUAAAUGUUUAUGAAAAUAAAGAUGGUUCAUUAUUAGAAAUUUUAAAAUUAACAGGAUCACAAAUUGGUAGACAACCAGAUCAUAUAAAACAUACAGAUGAUAAAUCAUCAUAUAGACAUGCAUUUGCCAUUAUGGAACCUAAAAAAAAUUUAAAAUCUUCUUCAUUUACAAAACAUAUUUUUUGUGCAGAAACUGAUCAAGAGCGAGAUUUAUGGGUAAAUACAUUAAUUCAAUUUGUUGAAGAUCCUUCAAGUUCCAUAUCAACAUAUUCAGGAGAUUCAUCAAAUUUAUCAUCACAAACAAUUAUUAAUCCAGAACCACAAUUAAUACCAUCACCAAAUUCCAUUUCAACUCAAUCACCAUCUAAAUCAUCUAUUCAUACUAAAAAUGAUGAUACUGAUGAAUUAGAAGAAUUAGUUAAAGAAAGUAAACGUAAUAAAAAAAGAAGUUUUUUCCCAUUUUCCAAGAAAAAUAUUAAUGAAGAAUUAGAAGUUUUCAAAAAUCAACAACAAGGAGGAACAGAACAAUCAUCAGAUCAAGAAACUUCACCUAAGAAAUCAAAUAUUGAAGAAAGUUUAAAAAAUAUGAAUUUAUUAGAUACAAAAAUCAAUGAAAAAAUAUUUAAUAAUGAAAUUUCCAUUGCAAUAAAUUUAUCAAAUCAUGAAUUAUAUGGAUAUAAAGUUCCAAGUAUAAUUUACAGAUGUUUAAAAUUCCUUGAUGAUUCAGAUGCAGUGAUUCAAGAAGGUUUAUUUAGAUUAAAUGGUUCAGCAUCAAUGAUUAAACAAUUACGUGAAAAUUUUGAUUCCAAGUAUGAUUUUGAAUUGGAUGAAUUUGAACUAAAACCAGAUAUUAAUACAAUAGCUGGAUUAUUAAAAUUAUAUUUAAGAGAAUUACCAAGUGUGAUUUUAACCAAAGAAUUAUAUUCAAAUUUUAGAGAUUCAUAUAAUAAAAUUAAAGAUCCACAAUUAUUAUCAAUUGAAUUUAAAAAAUUAACCCAGAAAUUACCAAUUGAAAAUUAUUCAUUAAUUUUUGUAUUGUUCAAAUUUUUAAACAAAGUUAUUCAAUAUCAAGAGAUGAACAAGAUGAAUUUAAGAAAUUUAUGUAUUGUUUUUUCACCAACUUUAAAUAUUUCAAGUGAAGUUAUUAUACCAUUUUUUGUUGAUUUUGGUUGUAUUUUUGAAAAUCAAGAACCAAUUCCAAAUAAUCAAAGAGAAGUUUUAGAUAUUCAUAUACCAACAUUUUAA